AUGGAAUUUUUAUCGUCAAACUCCGAUAACCACAGGUUGUACUUCUACUCCGCGGCUGGUCCUCGAGCAAAUAUUGAAGAACACACGAAUCAAUUGAAAGAACUGAGGCGUUACAGCGACAUAACACUUCAACCAAUAAGUGGUGAGGAUAUAUGGCACUUGGUGCACAGUGAUAACACCCGGCUGGCUGUAAAGUUUAGUUCUGUUAUGAAUUUUCUCGGUAUCGGACAAAGUGCUUCCAUAGAUAUUACUCUGAAUAAUCUAACCAAUCGGAAAUUGGUUGAGGUUAAGUCAGACCAACAGCAGACAUGCCUUCUACCCGUGUUCUACAAUGGCGAAAGUAUCUCGGGUCAAGUCACUAUCUCCCUGAAGCGGGGCAGUAAAUUGGAGUAUCAGGGUAUCAAAAUAGAGCUUAUCGGUUACAUUGACUUUUUCUCGGAUCGGGGCAGUCGGGAUGAAUUUCUUAAUCGAACACAGGAGUUGGCUCGUCCGGGGAUACUCUCUCAGGCCUCAACCACAUAUCCUUUCCUCUUCGAUAACGUUGAGAUGCCUUUUGAAUCCUAUUCUGGCUCCAAUAUCAAUCUCAGGUACUUCCUGCGGUUGACGGUGGUGAAGCGAUUCAUGGAUUUGACGAAAGAGCUGGACAUACUCGUGCAUUCUCACCAUAAGCCCCAACAGCCCGACAUCAACAUCCAAAUGGAGGUGGGCAUUGAGGACAGCCUCCACAUCGAAUUCGAGUAUAACGCAUCCUGCUAUCACUUGGAGGAUGUGAUAGUCGGUAAGAUCUACUUUCUGCUGGUUCGAGUAAAAAUCAAAUACAUGGAGGUGCAGAUCCUACGCCGCGAGUCGACAGGGUUGGGUGCGGUGAACACCUUUACUGAUAUGGAAACGCUGGCCAAGUUCGAGAUCAUGGAUGGCGCACCCGUGCGUGGGGAAUGCAUACCCAUCCGUCUCUUUCUCGGCGCUUACGAUCUUACGCCUACAAUGAAGGACGUCAAUCGGAAGUUCUCCGUUCGCUACUACCUCAACCUCGUGCUGCUUGAUGAGGAGGAGAGGCGCUAUUACAAACAACACGAGAUCUUCCUAUUUCGCCGCCCGGACAAGCGAUUCGAGGCAUUAAUGCAGAGCCAACAGGCCAUGGCAGUGAAGUCACAACCAUACUCUCUGCCCCUCCCCACGGAGACAAUUCCUUCCACCCACCCUACUGAUGUCCCUGUGCUCCCUCCCCCCCCUGGAGACAACCCUCCGCAAUCCUCCGGUGAUGGUCCUAUUAUUCCCGAUGUAACUCAGAAUGGAAACGCUAGUCUCAUUAAUGCAGCUUCACGUAAUGACACAAACGGAAUCGAGGAUGAUCCAACUGAGGAAGUCAGUGGUGAAAUCGACAGCUUUUCCAAGGAACUAGAUAAAGUAGAGGAAAAAGCGGACGGUGCAGCGACCAUCACAGCAGCUGUGCCUAAGUGCGAGAGCUACAAGAAAGAAGGGGAGGAGCAAGUGGAAGUGGAGAUUGAUGUUUUCAGUGGUCUCUCCGACCACGAAGACGCGUGCGACGACGGGCUCUCGCGCGAACAGCGUAGUUUCACUCGCUACGAAUCUCCGAGGGAUGCGGAGGGUAGAGAGGAGGAGGGGAAUGAUGGAGCGGCGAAGGAAACGGUGACCAAACCUUCACCUUUUGACUCCCCAAUUUCUGCGAUCACUUGA